AUGACAACAGGAGGCGAUAUUACUGAUGCACAAAUUGCAACUUCAAUUUGCAAAGGUCCUUAUCCACCAGGAGGAAUGUCAAUAUCAUCAACACUCGUUAAUGAUAUUUUCAGGGCCAGAAUAUACACUUCUCCGUAUAUUACAAGCUUCAAAGAAGCAGAAAAGUUCAAGAACGCUGUAAACUACUGCAUUAAGGAAUUAAAACCUGACAUGACCGUUCAAGAAGCCUUUACCAAUCUCACAAAAAUAAUUCAUCAAUAA